AUGAUGCGACCGCUUUAUCCGACAACUGGUUACGAGCAGUCAGUCCAACAAACCAGGAGUUACAAAGAGUUCCGGUCCGCCCCCUAUCAAAACAUAGGGUUUAAUCCUGUCGUCCGUCUCGUCGACCCAAUACUGAUCAUGUUUGCGUAUUAUAUCUCCAACGAUAAUGUGAUGCCCGGGGAAAGUGCGAGCGGACACUCAAUUUCAAACACUAUUAGCAAAUUUACUGAACACGAGUUAAUUACCGACGACCAGAAACGUCGACUAAACGACGAUGAAAUUAACCAUGAUAAUUCCGUUUCCACAAGAAGUGAUAGUUCAAAUAACAUCACCAAAAACAAUGAGCAGGAUAUC